UGGAUGGUUCCCAAAUUGCAACGCACCACUUUGCCUCUAAAGCAAGGCGCUUCUCCAGAUCCCUUUCAAUCGAUCUCUAGGUCAUCUACUUUAAAUCCCAAAUAGGUAAAUGGUCGAUUGCCCUACAGCCCUAGGCUAGUAGUAGCUCGUAGAGUAGCAGCUCGUCAAUCCAGUCCGACAGUCCUACGCCGUCUCCCGCCGUCGUACCAGCCUUUACCGUCGCGAGUUCAGUCGACGGCGCCCGCCAUCGUACCAGCCUCCAGCCUUGCUAGUUCCAAAUGUCCCAGUCAGCAGUCAGCACCAGAAUCCACAGCUAACUGAUCCACCUGUCCACCACCUCCACACCAGCACACCUCCACCCCUGAUUAUUUGUAAAGUGCAAACAAGGUGAGGGUUUUCCUGGGAAAGAAAGCAGCCUAGACGAGAAUGAAGGUAGCCCCGAAAGUGAUACUGCUAUUCAACGAUUCACACGGCUUUGGUGCAGCCAUCUUCCACGCUCUCGAGCCAUGCCCCAACUCCGGCCUUCAAUCUGGCGAAGAGUCAUUUCAAUUGUCAUUGGAAAACUGCGGAAUCAAGGAUAUAAAAGCCUCUGGCAAGAUUGUCCAUUUUCAAGCUCCCACUGGCGCUCAUACGGUAUCGGUGUUGCUUUUGGAAAAUUAUGAGCCUCCGAUAUUACUUUGUGCAGUUAGUGAAACAUUGGCUGCACUAGUGCCUGGUGAAUCAUCAUCAACUAUGCCUACAGUUCUAGUCCCCUUUGUUAUUCCUGCAACUAAGCUUAGGGAGGACAGUAAAUCUUCUGACAUAACUCAAAUAUAUGGGUUGCACUUUGGACCCUCCAAUGAUAUAACUCAAGCUUUGAGCGCAAAAUUGCCAAAUCCACCACCAUCUUUGCAGAUUUAUCAUGAACAACUGGCUUGCUUGCUCCAGUUGGUUCGUGUGUUCACAUUGCCCACAAUUGUUUUGAUCGGAAAGACUGCUCCAAGUAAACACAACCUGACAUCAGAUGGGCAGCUUCAGGCUGUAUAUGAGACAGGGGAGUAUCUGACUAGCUUCUCAUCUCUAUGUUUAUCAAGACAGAAGAUAACAUUGGAAUCAUCAUUGAAGGAGAUAAGUGGUAAAGUAAGCGAAGAGCCUUGGCGUGCCUUGUAUGGCUGAAGUUUGUAAAGUAUUUAUGUCACUGCUAAUUUGCCGUUUGAAGUUGAGUUUCAUAACAGAAUUUACUCCGCAACCUGCUAUGAAAGUUCUUUAUCUGCCGUUGAAUCACUUCUUUACUUCGCAUAAGAUUUUGGCACAACAGUAUAAUUGCUUAUGUGUGGAACAUUUAGGUUUUAUCAUUUCGAGCUCAGAAAACCCGUCAACCUUUAAAUAUUAAGCCAAAACAAGUUUAAUUUGAAUUGUAUAUUUGAAUUAUGUUUUAUGGGAAAAAAU